UAUUGGAAAUCCUGUACUCGUGUGCACGGAUGGUGCGGCAUCAAUGACUGGGAGGGUGAAAGGAUUAAUUGCCCAAAUAAAGGUCAGCCCCGACGUUGAGUGGAAUCACUGUAUCAUUCACAGGGAGGCACUGGCCAGCAAGAGAACGAGUCCUGAGUUACAUGAUGUUUUGAAUGACGCAGUGAAAGUGAUUAACUUUAUCGAGUCCAGGCCUCUGAAUCAGACUGUCUGAAAGGCUCUGUCAUGACAGUGGGACUGAGCACCAGCAGCUACUGCUUCACACCGACGUACGUUGGCUAUCCAGAGGGAAAACACUAGAGACUUUUUGAGCUGCCCGACGAAGUAAGUGCUUUUAUGUGGGAGCGCUCACCCCCCCCCCCCCCCCCCCCCUUGUGGCUGUGUUCGAGGACACAGACUGGGUAGCCCGCCUUGCCUAUCUUGCUGAUGUGUUCAGCAAACUGAACAACCUGAAUCUAACUCUGCAAGGUAAAGACACACACAUUCUAAACAUGUAUGACAAAGUGUGUGUAUUCAUGAAGAAGAUCAAACUCUGGGAGAGGAAAUGUGAAGAUGGGGACAUAAGUUGUUUCCAGCAGCUUGACACCUGCCUUUCUACAGGUGAUAUUGACAGAGCUCCUAUGGUGCAACUAGUAAGCACACAUUUAUCCAAACUCAACAGUGAGUUCAACUCCUACUUCCCUGACAUUGAAAACAGGUCUGCCAAACAUGCCUGGGUGCGUAAUCCUUUCAUGACUGAAAGUACAAACAACAACAUUCCUACCAGACUGCAGGAAAAUCUGCUGGAUGUGUCCUCAGACCGUGGCUUGAAGAUGAGGUGCUCAGAGACAACACUGUCACAGUUCUGGUGUGAUGUGGAGAAGGAAUAUUCUGAUUUGGGGAAACAUGCACUGAAUGAACUGCUGCCAUUUGGAUCUACAUAUUUAUGUGAAGUGACAUUUUCAUCUAUGACGAUAAUCAAGACCAAGCACAGGAACAGACUCAACUUGGAGAAAAGCCUGAUAACAGCUGUUGCCACACUGUCCCCGAGACUGACAAAGCUUAUGAGUGAGAGACAGGGUCAAGUUUCUCAUCGAUUGGAGAUGUUGAUGGAAUGCAUGCCAGAAGGAGAUGAACAUUUCCUGGAUUACGAACUUCUUCACACCGAUAUGAAGAUUCUGAAGUAGAUGAGUCUGGGAACAUUCCAGUUUUGCUUGUUUAUUUUUCAAUAGAUGUUAGCUAUGUGAAAUAAGCCCUGGUUAUAAACAUACUAAUGUGUAUAUAGAUAGUAAAUUGUACAAUUGUUUAGUAUGUUACACUCGGAAUAAUGAAUCAAUUAAGUUUGCUGUUAGUGUUACCCUUUUUUUUUCACAUUACUGGGUUUUCAUUUUGCAAUUUAUGAAUUUGGUCCAAUGUGGUAUAUUACUUGCAUAGCUAUCAAUUAGUUAUUAUAGAUGUAGUACGGAGUAUUUAUUUAUAUUGAAAAAAAAAUGCUGUUUAAAUAUUUGAUGGUUAAAGUCCUAAUUUUUCUGAAGUUUCUUUUUUUUUUUUAAUGUUUGCUGUUGCUCAGACAUUACUGACAAUCUAACAUAUGUAUGUAAAUAAGUAUACUGAUGAUAUCUGUUAUAAAUUAAAUAUUUUAAAAGCAAUUAAAAAAAAUAAAAUUGUGUGUGUUUUUUCUACUUUUGUUUUGGUUUCUAGUUGGGCACAUUUAGAUUGUACUUAAUGUCAGAGUGUAACCCUUGGUAUGUCCAGGUUCUACAGACACUCAGCUUUUCAAAAAAGUAUCACACAUUAUGCUUUAAAAGGACAUAUACUUUAACCCACAUAAUCAGCUAAAACCCUGCCAAUCACUUCUCAAAAAGAUAGAGCACCUGUCAAACAAUUGUGUGCAAAAUCAAAACAAAGCAAAGAAA